UCCCAUUCCUAUAAGCUAUAACCACAUUCCCAAAAACCCAACUCUUCUCCCCCUUCUUCUUCUACCUCCUCCUCAACACAUGAGUGAAGGAAGAAGAGGCUCGUCGUCGUCGUUGUUGUUUUCCUCGUUGGGUUUAAGGGAUGGAGAGCCAGGAUCUUUCGCCACCGCACGUGGACGCGUCUCGGCCGUCCUUGGGGUUCCCUCUCGGCACCGCGCUUCUCCUCAUCAUCAUCUUCAGCUUGAGCGGUGUCUUCUCCUGCUGCUACCACUGGGACAAGCUCAGAUCACUCCGCAGGUCUUUCUCCGAAAACUCCACUCCCGAAACCUCCGACGACAUCGAAGGCCAAUCUCCCUCCAAAUCUAAACCCGCCCAUCUGGACUUGAAUCAGAAUCAAAAUCAAAGCGUGCCGGUGAUAAUGCCCGGCGAUCAGAUUCCGAAGUUUAUGGCAUUGCCGUGUCCUCGUGAGCCUCCGAGAGAAGAGAAGAUAGUUGUCAAAGUUCAAAAACCGCCCAAGCCACCUCGAUUUCCUGUACCUCUGUAUUGAGCAAUUUCACUGUGUACAUAGUAAAUGUAAUUAAUAUUAAUUCAAUUAAAUUUUAGCUCACUUAAUCUAUGAAACAGAGAUUUCCACCAUUUGUUGAUGCUUCUUCUGGGAGUUUAUAGCUAGCCAAACAGUUUUCUGAAAGGGGUCUGAAUGGAAGCACAAUCUUUUUUUUUUUUUUUUUUAAGUGAACAAAGCCAGACCAUGUUCAUAAGUUAAUUGUGAUCAAACUCAAAUCGGUCGGUGAAUAAUUAUGGGUGCCAAAUUCAGACACUUGGAUUGCCAUUUGGAGUGACCCUGGAAGGCCAGCUCUGAGAGAAGGGCAUCUGUGGGUAUUUGUUCUUGUUUGAUACCACCUUUGGAUUUUGGAGGAUAGCAAAGUUGAACCGUCGGUGAUUUUUUUUUUUUUUUCCAGAAAAUGAGUUGGAGCAAAGUAAUGAUUUUGCUCUUUCCAAUUUAGGAAAAAAAUAUUGCUAAAUAUUUUAUAACAAGAUUUGUAUUGCAAUUUCUCCUUCUUUCCGUGUCUUUACUUAUCUGGAAUGAUGUAGCGAUGAAUGAAAAUAAAAGGUAUGAGGAUCGAGUACCUACCA